AAAAUGGUCUAUCCGUCUCUACAAGAUCCAUAUUCUGUGGCUAUCACAUCCUAUGCUCUGGCCUUAGCUGGAGAACUUCAGGGCAUCGACAAACUGAUAACUACAUCCACAGGUAACUAUUGGAAUGACCCCAGCUCCCGCUUUAUAUCAAUUGAGGCUACAUCCUAUGCUCUCCUCACACUAAUACACAUGAAGCAUUUGAAUUUCAUUGAUCGCAUUGUUCAGUGGCUUACAGAGCAAAAUUUUUAUGGAGACACCACUGGACAAACCCAAGCUACUGUAAUGAUGUUCCAAGCCAUUGCUCAGUAUUACCGAGUUGUACCAACUACCCAAGAUGUAGACAGGGAUAUCUUACUGCAGUUUCCUAUGUGGGAUAAUGAAAGGUUCCGCAUAGUGGCCAAUACAAUCUCGACAUACAGUCGACAGAUGUCUGUUCAAGAAGACUGUAUCAUAACUGCAAAAGGGAAAGGACUGGCAACUUUAACAAUUAUACAAUCAUAUUAUUCUGUUCAUGCCAAAAAGGACUGUGAUCAUUACGAUCUUUCUGUGACAGCACGGGAAGAGUACCUGGAUGUCAUGAUAUCACAGAUUCUUAGACCGCUGGAGCCCAGGGGAGAAGAGGCUUCAGGAAACGGUCUGGCAGCCAGGCAGAACUGA